GUUCCUUAAUUAUAACGGGAGUGUGUUGGAUUUUUUUCGCGUCGUCGCUCGAAUGCAGUGUAAGUAAAAGUUGAGGCUGCACGAAGUUUCAUUUCAUGUAUCGGUCUGCGCUACUUCAGAGCUCUCUAGAUUUUUCCAUUUCAUCUGCUCACAGGUCUUAAUGUUCUUCAUCGUCUCUUGAUCGGGACUUCGAUCCCUUCUUAGCGAAUAUUUGCCAAAUCCAGACGCUUUGCGAUGGGAUCCUUUCUCUGGGAGUCUGAGAGAAAUCAAACACGUCCUCACAGACCAACUGAGCAGCUCUUUAACUAGUUCUCACGGCUUUGCGACAUAAAUAAUUUAAUCUUUACCGAGUAUAUUUUCCCUUCUCUAUACAGAGGUUUGACGUGGCGGAAACUGUGCAGUCGUCAGUUUAAUAUUUAUGACAAAAUCUGAAUUCACGCGCCUUUUUUGGAUUAUACGUUUCCCAGGAUACUGAACACUCAAUCGAUCAAACGUCAACUAGAUACUUUAUUUCGAUUUACUGGACUUUAAACUACUGAGGGGCUUUGGAAAUGAGCGGUCCGUUUUCAAAAUGUCUUUUUUAAGAAUCACUCGUGGAGAGAGACGUUUCCUCAGAGGACGGGAGGGUUUGUAACGCUGAAUUUAUCUCCGAUUUCACGACACACGUUUCCAUGGCUCCGGCGGUCAGAUCGAUUAAGCGUAAGGAUGCGAUUAACUGGCCGAGGAUGUCGACAACUUUCUGGGCUGUGCUGCUGUUGACGGCGCUUCUCAUCGUAUACUGCGGUCAACUGGCAGCAGGCACCUGUGAGAUUGUCACUCUAGACAGAGACAGCAGUCAGCCACGCAGGACAAUUGCCAGACAGACGGCCCGCUGCGCAUGUAAGAAAGGACAGAUUGCUGGGACAACGAGAGCCAGGCCAGCCUGCGUGGACGCUCGUAUCGUGAAGACCAAGCAGUGGUGUGACAUGGUGCCCUGUCUAGAGGAUGAAGGCUGUGACCUGUUAGUAAAUAAAUCAGGCUGGACUUGUACACAGCCCAGCGGCAGAGUGAAAACUACAACGGUGUCCUAACAGUGGGAGGGGUUCCUGGAGCGCUACAAGACGGGGCCUCUUGCAGCUUCGCCCACCUGCUGUAGAUACUUGCAAUGUCUCAUCGGCUUAACACCUGCCUCUGCCUACCUGUCUGUGUCUCGGCUUUGUAAAUGGGCAGCCCCCCCUUGUGCCACGGAGAACAUACUGUACGUUCACAAAGCGCCUCAUGGAUGGUGGUACAGUAGGAGCCUUGAGGACUAUAAGGGCACAGCACAGGACAAUGAGGCACCUACCCUGUUUGAGACUGAACAACACACAGGCUUAAUGGGGCUCAACCAGUGGUUCUGACCUGAUCCGAGACUGUGAACCUAACUGCUCUGUGAAACGGCUUUCUGCUGGAAGAUGUUUUUGGCGCUCAUUUUUUACAGACCAAAGAGGAAAAAUAAUACGCAUAUUAAAAAAAUUUAAAUAAAUGCAUUGAUUAUAUGAGCGUGGACUAAAGGACAGAUUUGAAAGGGAAAAUUUAGGCAAAGAAUUAUAUAUAUAUAUAUAUAUAUAUAUAUAUAUAUAUAUAUAUAUAUAUAUAUAUAUAUAUAUAUAUAUAUAUAUAUAUAUAUAUAUCCAAAUGCAGAAAGAGAGAUAGAUAUAGAUAUAGAAGGACUAUGUUAUACAGCAGUGGUCUACAAAUGGAAACGCUGACAUGGAAAAUUAAAACGACUGGGUCAACCAUUCCCAUUUAUCACAAUCAGAGGAGAACCUUUAAUACUUUACAGGCAUUUCCUUGAACUGAAUCAACCACUGUAUUCCAAGGAUAAAGAUACUGUACACAUAAAAAUGUAAACAAAUUUAAUUAGCAUUUUUCAGUAGCAACAUUUUGGAUGGUUUGCAUUAAGCAUGAAAGGUUAAAUGGAAGAGUACCCCAUUGCUUAUCGUCAGAAAAUAUUAAAAAAGGAACAUAAAAAAUGUCAUUUCUGAUUACCAGGAGUGAAAUAUGUCAUUAUAUGUAUUUUGAAAGGCCUACAAGUUAUAUAUUUAACAGUUUUAUAUGUUGUACCUUUGUAGAGAACCUUAUUUAACAUGAAUAACGUUGUGGAAAUGACAGAUAUAGAAUGUGGGUAAUGCUCUACUCUAUAAUGCAGGCCUGUCUUACUGUUUAUGUUCAAACUCAAGUAGCAACUUUCCUUUUACAUGUUCAAAAACAUGACCACAGGUUCUUAAAAAGGAAGAAAAUGGACAAAUCACAGACACAAAGCAAUGAUUUAUUGCAGAAAAGCGAACAUUCAGUUCCACGUAUUACAGUCAUAGAAACUGCUUUUAGCUUUUGUAUUGUAAAGGUUCAGAGAAAACCCCUUCUGUUUGGGUUUUCUGGGAUUGAUUUUUGUGCUUGUGUUUGUUUGCACAGUGCUCACCUCCAAGUCUAGACACCUCCAGAGACAGUUCAGAAAGUCUUAGAUUCAUUUACAUUAUUUUUUUUUAAAUUAUUAUUAUGAAAUAUUUUAAGAAUAAAUUAAACAAGUGAAAAUAAGUUGCUAAAACAAAAUUGUAA